UGCCACCAUGUUCCUGUACAACUUGACCUUGCAGCGAGCCACUGGUAUCAGCUUUGCCAUUCAUGGCAACUUCUCAGGAACCAAACAACAGGAGAUUGUUGUUUCUCGAGGGAAGAUCUUGGAGCUGCUUCGCCCUGACCCCAACACUGGGAAGGUGCACACUCUAUUGACUGUAGAAGUGUUUGGUGUUAUCAGAUCUCUCAUGGCCUUCAGGUUGACAGGUGGUACAAAAGAUUAUAUUGUGGUUGGCAGUGACUCAGGCCGAAUUGUCAUCCUAGAAUACCAGCCAUCCAAGAACAUGUUUGAGAAGAUCCAUCAGGAAACUUUUGGCAAGAGUGGUUGUCGCCGAAUUGUACCUGGACAAUUCUUAGCUGUUGAUCCCAAAGGCCGAGCUGUCAUGAUUAGUGCCAUCGAGAAGCAAAAAUUGGUUUAUAUUCUGAACAGAGAUGCUGCUGCCCGCCUUACCAUUUCUUCACCUUUGGAAGCCCACAAGGCGAAUACUUUGGUUUAUCAUGUGGUAGGAGUAGAUGUUGGAUUUGAAAAUCCCAUGUUUGCCUGUCUAGAGAUGGAUUAUGAGGAAGCAGAUAAUGAUCCAACGGGAGAAGCAGCAGCCAAUACCCAACAGACACUCACUUUCUAUGAGUUAGAUUUAGGGUUAAACCAUGUGGUCCGAAAAUACAGUGAGCCCUUGGAGGAGCAUGGCAACUUCCUUAUCACAGGUAGCCCCUUCUUUAAGCUGCUUCCUGCCCUUCCUCAUCUUGUUGCCCCUUGGUUGGCCUGACCUCACCUCAGGAAAAUAAAGUUACCUGUAGGAGUGGUUUGUGCUCCUGACUGUUGGGAACCAUAGGGUUGAUGAUUUCACUAAAGUUGUGAGUGUGAAGAAGAGAAAGCAGAGGAGUAAAGAUAGUUUUAGGAUGGAGGGGGGGGAGCAGGGGAAAAAAGAUGCCCACAGAGAAGAAUCAGGAACUUCAUUGUCAUAGAAUCCCAGCCUGGGAAGCAUGGAAAGAAGAAACUUGUUAACAGGGAGAUAGAAGAGGAAAUAGCAGAAAACAAAGACUGAAAUAAGUCCUUUAGAUUUAACAAAAUCUGU